UUUGUGAUGUCAUAUUGAACAACACGAGGCGGGGCGGUUGUAAUCUCACAACAAAUUGAAAUGCUUCAAAGAUAACCCUUUAGUAGCUCUCCAUUUCCUUGGAAAGAUGAGUGUGAGUAAAGACGGGAGUCAAGCCAUGGAGAAACGCUCCGAGGGCUCCAGCAUCUUGAGCGUUAUUUUCAGCGCAGUCAAAAAGGCCUCCAUUGUCGGCAUUGUGUACUUUGCGGGUUACAUGCAAUGGUCGGUCGCGUGGUUCAUUGGCCCCAUUGUCCUUUUCGUGAUCAGAGACCAAUGGAAAAAAGCCAGCGACAGGAAACGCAACAUAGCAAAAGCGGCAGCUUUAGCGAGCGAAAAAGACGUUGUUUUGGCGAGACUUGAUGAUCUUCCAGCCUGGGUGUUUUUCCCUGACGUUGAAAGAGCCGAGUGGCUCAACAGAAUUAUUAAACAGGUUUGGCCUAACAUUAACCACUACACACGCGACUUAAUCAGGGACACCAUCCAACCAAUUUUGAAAGAAAGCCUAGAAACGUAUAAACUGUCCGGUUUCAAAUUUGAACGCAUUAUCCUAGGCACCGUGCCGUUCCGAAUCGGGGGUGUUAAAGUAUACGAUAAAAAUGUAGCCAGGAACGAAAUUAUCAUGGAUUUGGACAUUUUUUAUGCCGGCGAUUGCGACAUUACGUUCUACUUGGCCGGGAUCAAGGGCGGAAUCCGCGAUUUCCAGCUCCACGGCAUGCUCCGCGUUGUGAUGAAGCCCCUGAUCACCACAAUACCGCUGGUGGGUGGCCUCCAAGUCUUCUUCCUCAACAACCCCGAUAUAGACUUCGACCUUAUCGGCAUCGCCGACUUGCUCGACAUGCCCGGCUUGAGCGACAUCUUGCGGCGCAUCGUGGUGGAGACCGUGGCCUCAAUGAUGGUCCUCCCCAAUAAAUUCCCGAUCAAGUUGAGCGACGACGUGGAUGCCAUGGAACUAAAAGCCCCGGAACCGGAAGGCGUUUUGCGCGUCCAUGUGGUCGAGGCCAAGCACCUGAUGAAGAAGGACAUAGGAGUGCUAGGUAAAGGUAAAUCCGACCCUUACGCAGUGGUCACUUUAGGUGCCCAAGAGUUCAAAACGAAGGUUAUCGACAAUAGCGUGGACCCGAAGUGGGAUUUCUGGUGCGAGGCGCAGAUAAGCUCGUACGAAUCGCAAUUACUAACGGUGAAUGUGUGGGAUUGGGAUCCUGGGGUUCCCGGUGCCCAGAAUCACGACUACUUGGGAAGGGCCACGAUUGAAGUAUCCAACAUCGUAAAGAAAGGCCAAGACGACUUGUGGGUCACUUUGGAGCAAGCCAAACACGGCAUGGUCCAUUUACGUUUGACUUGGCUCACGUUAAGCGACAAUUACUCCGAUUUGAAGGCUGCCCUCGAGGAAACGCAACAAUUACGAGUCACAUCGAUGAGUACGGCCUUGUUAACAAUCUUCCUUGAUUCGGCCAAAAACCUUCCGCAAGCCCGCGCGAGCACAAAACCCGACCCUUACGCCGUCCUCAAAGUCGGCAAUACGACCAAAGAGACCAAAGUCUUGGAACGCACAAUACACCCAGUUUGGGAGCAAGGCUUCUCCUUCCUUGUGGCCAACCCCGAAUCCGACACACUUUACUUGACAAUAAUUGAUCGGAAGACAACAAAUGAGCUCGGCCAAGUCACUUACAACAUCAGUAAACUGGCGAAAAAGACCAAAAUGGAGGUUUACAAAGAACCGUUUUCGUUACUUAAAUCCGGACCGGAGAGUAAAGUCAUCUGGUCGAUGCACUUAAGGGUACUUAAAAGGGCCGAAGGAGUCGAUGACACUGACUCUGGUGAUCUUCCAUCUUUGCAACGCGAGGAUUCUAAAGUAUUAACAAGUGACGAUGUUCCUCCAACCCCAAACCCAACUCCCGAAAUAAAUGAAAGUGCCACUGAACCGAUCCCUAAUUACGACGAAAUGAUUAAAGCGACUGCAGCAACAGUAGCGAGUACUCCAAUCAAAGAGAGCGAACUCACUCAUCGGAGCCCGAGUGUCACUUCAUCGGCGGGUGCCCACGACUUGGGUCGUAUUCAAUUGACAAUCAGAUAUAGCGUCCAACGCCAGCGUCUCAUUGUUGUAGUGCACCAAAUCGCAAAUAUACCCCUGAAAGACCCCUCCAAUAUCCCCGACCCCUACGUCAAGCUCUACCUCCUUCCAGAACGGGCUAAGGAUACGAAACGCAAAACGCACGUCGUUAAGGACAACUGCAAUCCGAUUUUUGAUGAAAGUUUUGAAUAUAUCCUCUCCCAAGGCGAACUGAACACUAAACAACUCGAAGUUACUGUCGCAUCGCAAAAACAGCUGUUUUACAGCAGCAGUAACAUUUUGGGAAUGGUGAUUAUCGAUUUUGAGAAACUUAAUGUAAGUCAGCCGUACAACGCUUGGUUUGAUCUUACGCCGGAGUCUGACCGGAAUCACCGCUAACCGUCAAUUAUUUAUCAAUCUACUUAUACAAGUGAUGUAAUACCGUUUUUAACUUUUUUAUGUGUUGCUAUUUAUGCCAGUUAUGUAUUAAUUAAUAAAGCGAUGUUGAGCUUAA